CGUUCCGUCAUCAUCAACGUAAUGUUGUAUUGUCCGCGUUUGAAAAACGGCAAGUUGAUUCCACUUUCUUGGCCCGUUGCAGCCUAUCGACUUUUGAAUCAUAUUUGCUGGCCACUACGGGAUGACGCAGGCUACCUGCUGCGGUUGUACGACCGCUUCUUUUGGGCGUUCGGUUUCUUCAUAUUCAUGCAACACAACGACGCUGAGCUGCGUUAUAUAAUUGUCAAUAAUAAUAAUCUGGAUGAAAUGCUAAUUUGUGGACCAACUUAUCUGGUUCUAGUUGAGAUUCAUUUAAGGGCCUUUCAGUUGGGUUUAAAGAAGGAGGCAUUCAAGCGUUUCCUGCAGAAGUUUUACGCAGAAAUCUAUAUAGACGAGUCAUCUUAUCCCAAACUCUAUGCGAAUAUACAGAAAAGUUUACGUCCAAUUUGGUUUUAUUCCCUAUUAUAUUUUAGCACUCUAUCGUCUUACGUAAUAAUGCCGGUAAUUAACUAUCUGAAUAAUGUCAAAGCGCCGCUCUAUAAAAUGUAUUACCCGUUCGAUAUCACACCCAAUCCUAUUUACGUGGCCAUUGUAUUAUCAAACAUUUGGGUAGGUUUUACCGUGAUCACAAUGGUCUCUGGCGAGGACAACGUCCUAUCCGAAGUGAUGCUACAUUUAAAUGGACGUUUUCUGCUAUUGCAACAGAAAUUGCGUCACGAUGCAGAGCGUUUGUUGCACGUAGUAGACGAUAGAAAUAUUGCUGAUGGACUUCGACGUCGGAUUAUUGAAGCCAUUGAAGAAAAUGUUCGCUUGUACAAAUUCGCUGAAGAUUUUGAACGUGAAUUCUCCUUUCGUAUUUUCGUCAAUUUGUCCUUCAGUGCUGGGUUGCUAUGUGUACUGGGCUUUAAGGUGUAUACGUCCGAAAAAGCACCUGUUGGUGUUAGUGCUGGUUCCAACAUAGACGAAAUUAUCUACGACUUCGAAGUUAUGACUGUGACCAGUGAUGUGGGUGCCAAGUCGCGAAAUCCGAUGGCUAGUUUUGGGUUCAUAUUUUGGAUCUGCGCUAAAAUAAUGGAAAUGAUUUUGGUUGGCCAGUUAGGCUCGGGGUUGAUUUACACAACUAAUGAAAUGAGUUCCACUUUCUACGAAUGCAAUUGGGAGCUGGUUUUACUAAAGUCUGGAGAUACGAAAGCAAAUGUGCGUCUAAUGAAAACUUUGCUUUUGGCGAUCAGUACCAGUCAGAAACCAUUUGUUUUGACCGGUUUCAAGUAUUUCAGUGUCUCUUUGACGGCUGUUUUGAAGAUAUUGCAGGGCGCUGGUUCAUAUUUUACGUUUCUGACAUCAAUGCGCAAAUGAAUGCGAUGCACGUCAUAUUGAUUUUCAAUUAAUUAU